AUGAAGUUUAUCUAUACAAUCGUUUUAAUUUGCUUAGCAUCCGCAACUGGUGCAUCGUCCAAGCAUAACCUCACGCUGAGUGCUGAUGUCGAGGAAAGUGGAGGUGAUGGAGGUGGUUAUGGUGGUACUUCAACAUAUUAUACUACCUGUUAUGCCCCGGAGACUAGUACGGUGGUUAUUACUUCGUGUUCUGAAAACUCUUGCGAUACCAUGAGUCAUGAAACAGGAAUUACAGUUAUGACAACAAUUACGCUGGGAGUAUCGACAGUUUUCACCACAUAUUGUCCAUUAUCGACAGAGCACCAGGUUAUAGAAAAAACCGAUUCAGCUGGUCAAGUAACAACUUCGACGGUUCCAAUUGAUACAGAUAGUCCUCAACCAACUUCGGACGAUUGCGAAAAUGAAGAUUCGGAUAACGAAGACGAGGACGAAUGUGACACUCCUACUUCUUGUCACACUUGUGCUGAAUCUACGUCAAGUUCAGUUACUUCUGAAAUUAUAAGUUUAUCCAUGAGCUCAACUAUUCCUGAAGAGGUCUCAUCGCUGACAAUACCACGUGUUUCACUGGAAUUCGAAUCAAGUUCAAGUAUAAUGGAUACGUCUGUUACUUCAGCAUCAGAAUCUACGGAAUACACUACGAUUUAUGCUCCUACAACAUCAACAAUCACAAUAACUUCCUGCGAUGGAG